CGACACUGUCUGCAAGGUGCUGCACCCCAAAAAUUUCCAGAACCUUGGAAGCGAUGCAAGCAAGUUGACCACUAUCUCAGGUCCGUCCGUACACAUCUAGAGAGGCUCCCAAGUUCAACCCGCUUCAGGCAGACCCGACCGAUCGGCCAACACCGACACUGCAUAAAUCAACACACCACCCAGACCUAGAAAAAACGAUCAUGCCGUCGACGCACAAGAAGGACAAGCCGUGGGACACGGACGACAUCGACAAGUGGAAGAUCGAACCGUUCACGAAGGAGGACUCGUCCGGCCCGUUCCUCGAAGAAUCGUCGUUCAUGACCCUUUUCCCCAAGUACCGCGAACGCUAUCUCAAGGACGCAUGGCCGCUGGUCACCAAAGCGCUCGACAAGCACGGCAUCAAGGCGACGCUCGAUCUCGUCGAGGGUUCCAUGACCGUCAAGACGACACGGAAGACGUUCGAUCCCGCAGCGAUUCUCAAUGCCCGCGAUCUGAUCAAGCUGCUGGCGCGGUCAGUACCGGCCCCGCAGGCCAUCAAGAUCCUGGAGGACGGGAUGGCCUGCGACAUCAUCAAGAUCCGGAACAUGGUGCGGAACAAGGAGCGGUUCGUCAAAAGGCGGCAACGGAUCUUGGGGCAGAAUGGCACAACGUUGAAAGCGCUGGAGCUGUUGACGCAAACUUACAUCCUGGUGCACGGCAACACGGUCUCAGUUAUGGGCCCGUAUAAGGGGCUGAAGGAAGUCAGGCGGGUGGUGGAGGACACGAUGCAGAACAUCCACCCCAUCUACCUGAUCAAGGAGUUGAUGAUCAAGCGGGAGCUGGCAAAAGACCCGGCGCUGGCACACGAGGACUGGAGCCGGUACCUUCCCAACUUCAAGAAGCGCACGCUGUCCAAGAGACGGAAGCCGUUCAAAGUCACGGACAAGAGCAAGAAGCCGUACACGCCGUUCCCGCCGGCGCCCGAGAAGAGCAAGGUGGACAUGCAGAUCGAGAGCGGCGAGUACUUCUUGAGCAAGGAGGCGAAGCAGCGGGCGGCCGAGGCCGAACGGGCCGAAAAGGCCAAGCAGAAGAAGGAGGAGAAGAAGCGCGAGAGGGAGCGCGAGUUUGUGCCGCCCGAGGAGAGCACGGGGGGCAAGUCCAAGAAGCGGAAGACGACGCACGACUGAGGGUGAUGGUGGAUGCUGGGGAGGGACGAAGGGCCCUGGCGAUUUCCUGCCUGCAAUCUCGUUGUGAUACCCAUGCCAGGCCGGACGUCGAUCUGGUGCAGAGGAGGCUUUCCCGCGUUGGUCUGAGCCUACGGGCAGCGAUGCCGUGCCCGUGCCCGUGUUCGCGGUGGAGUAGGCCGGGGUACGGUACUCCCGAUUACGUGGCUCCGGAGGCGCAGCGGCGGAUUAAUAAUGGAGAUUUUGCCGGCCACCCAGG